AUGGCAGAACAAAUCGCCAAAGACGCCAACGGUGCAUUUGGAAUUCUUAAAACACUCACAAAUGACCAGAGAUCUGAUGCGUUGCACAAAAUUCACGACGCCUUGAAGGAAGCCAAACUGGCCAUUCUUGAAGCUAACAGACUUGACAUGCAAGCGGCAGAAAAGAACAACUUGUCCUCCUCCUUGAUCAAAAGAUUGGAUUUGGGAAAGAAUGAUAAAUACGAGGCUAUGUUGCAAGGUAUCCUUGAUGUGGCUGCUUUGCAAGACCCUGUUGGAAAGACCACUUUAGCUAAAAAACUCGACGAGGGCUUGAAUUUAUACAGAGUAACUGCUCCUCUUGGUGUGCUUCUCAUUAUUUUCGAGAGUCGACCAGAAGUUAUUGCUAACAUCUCUGCUCUUGCUAUCAAGUCGGGAAACUGUGCCAUUUUGAAGGGUGGAAAAGAAUCCUACCAGACAUUCAGGGCCAUCAGUGAUGUGAUCAACACCACUUUGCAAGAGAAGACACAUGUGCCCAAGGCUGCUGUUCAGUUGAUCCAGUCGCGUGAGGAAGUGGGUGACUUGUUGGCCCAGGACAAAUACAUCGACUUGGUGAUUCCAAGAGGAAGCAAUGCAUUGGUGAGAAACAUCAAAGAGAACACAAAGAUCCCUGUGUUGGGCCACGCCGAUGGUAUCUGCUCCAUUUUCGUCGAUAAGGCAGCUGACUUGGACAAGGCAUGCCGAAUUGUGGUGGACUCCAAGACAAACUACCCUGCCGGAUGUAACGCUGUUGAGCAGUUGUUAAUUCACGAAGAUAUCGUUGCAGAUAAGACGAAGUUGGCCAAACUUUUAUCAAGCCUCACUGAUGCGCAAGUUACCCUUCACGUUGUUCCUGAGAUUAAACAACAAUUGACCGACGCUGUGGACUCCAAGUACGUGGUGGAUGCGGAUGACGAGUCCUUCGAUACUGAGUUUUUGUCAUUUGACAUUGCGGUUAAGCCAGUAGCAUCUGUCACCGCUGCUGUGGAGCACAUCAAUGACCACUCCUCGAAGCACACCGACUGUGUGGUUACAGAGGACAAAGACACAGCAGACGUUUUCUUGAAGGGUGUCGACUCGGCAGGUGUGUACUGGAACUGUUCCACCAGAUUUGCUGACGGCUUCAGAUAUGGAUUUGGAACCGAGGUGGGUAUUUCGACCAACAAAAUCCAUGCUAGGGGCCCAGUGGGCUUGGAAGGCUUGAUGAGUUAUCAGUAUCAGUUGAAGGGAGAUGGUCAUAUUGCUGCCGAGUAUGUUGGAGCCGGAGGAUCUAAGAAAUUUGUUCAUGAGGAUCUUCCAUUUUAA